CUCUAGGCUGUUCCCUGUGGGAGUCAGGAAUAUCCCUGAGCACCGCUGUGUUGGAGCAGCAGCCGGUUCUGCGGCCCUGCUGCUGGGGGACCUGCCCCCUGCAAGCCUCAUGACCACGGCGUUCCAACCUGCACCACACGUGAGAGUCAGACCCACACGUGAGAGGCCGUCACUCCAGAAGCGCCGAGAAAGAAAAGAACCAGCAGUGCAUUCCUCACUCUGAAAAAUGUGCCACGGACAAAGUAUUUUCAUUCUGGUGACUCCAGGGAGCACAAUCAUCGUGGAGAAGACCGUGCAAGACCUCAUGAACCUGAUGCAUGACCUGAGCGCCUAUUCGGACCAGUUCCUCAACAUGGUGUGUGUGAAGCUCCAGGAAUACAAGGACACCUGCUCCGCAGCUUACAGGAGCAUUGUCCAGUCCGAAGAGAAGCUUGUCAUCAGUGCGUCUUGGGCAAAGGAUGAUGACAUCAGCAGACUCUUGAAAUCGCUACCCAACUGGAUUAACAUGGCCCAGCCCAAACAGCUGCGGCCGAAGAGAGAAGAGGAGGAAGAUUUCGUAAGGGCAGCCUUUGGCAAGGAGUCUGAAGUUCUCAUUGGGAACCUGGGUGAUAAACUCAUCCCUGCGCAGGACAUCCUCCGUGACGUCAGCGACCUCAAAGGCUUGGCCAACAUGCACGAAAGCCUGGAAUGGUUGGCAGGCCGAACCAAGUCCGCUUUCUCCAACCUUUCUGCAUCCCAGAUACUUUCUCCUGCUCAGGAGAGCCACGUGAACAUGGACCUCCCCCCAAUGUCAGAGCAGAUCAUGCAGACCCUGAGCGAACUCGCCAAAUCGUUCCAGGAUAUGGCCGACCGCUGCCUGCUCGUCUUGCACCUGGAAGUGAGGGUUCACUGCUUCCACUAUCUCAUCCCUCUGGCAAAAGAGGGGAACUAUGCCAUUGUCGCCAACGUGGAAAGUAUGGAUUAUGACCCCCUGGUGGUGAAACUGAACAAAGACAUCAGCGCCAUCGAGGAGGCCAUGAGCGCGAGCCUGCAGCAGCACAAGUUCCAGUACAUCUUCGAAGGCCUGGGACACCUGAUUUCCUGCAUCCUUAUCAACGGUGCCCAGUACUUCAGGCGCAUCAGUGAGUCUGGCAUCAAGAAAAUGUGCAGGAACAUCUUUGUUCUUCAGCAGAAUUUGACCAACAUCACCAUGUCCCGGGAGGCAGACCUGGACUUCGCGAGGCAGUACUAUGAGAUGCUGUACAACACGGCCGACGAGCUGCUGAACCUGGUGGUGGACCAGGGCGUCAAGUACACGGAGCUCGAGUACAUCCACGCUCUGACCCUGCUGCACCGCAGCCAGACGGGCGUGGGCGACCAGACCACCCAGAACAUGAGGCUGCAGCGGCUCAAGGAGAUCAUCUGCGAGCAGGCCGCCAUCAAGCAAGCCACCAAGGACAAGAAGAUCACCACCGUCUGAUGGGGCGCGUGGCGGGGGUGGGGGGCGGCCGGGGUUCUCUCUGGUUUGCUCAGCCCUGACUUGUUUCUCUGGCAUGUUGCUUGGCAUAUUCUGAGCCGACUUAGUUUUCCCCCACUGAUGCUUUAUGAACAAGGUGUGAGGGUAUGUGUCCUUUAGUUCUGGCUUCCCGUAGGAACCCUGUAGGAUGUGUUGACCUGACAGUUACUUCAAUGCGGUCCAUUCCAAGAGGCCUGGAGUGGCCCAAGUAGGAGGGCUGUGUCCAGUUGGUGGGCUCUGCCAUGGAUCAAUUACAAAACUCCUGUUUUGUUUAUUGCCCAGCAUAGCUAAGAUUCCAGCCUUGGAAAUCAGACUAAGUUUGUCUCUUCCUAAAACCAUUUACUAGCUUUCUGUUACAUAAAUGUAAUCCCUUAACCUUGUCAGUUUACAAGUCAAUGAAAUAAAUAUGUGUAUUGCUUUCCACCUCUUGCCAAAAUCAAAUAAAUGACUUCAAGUAAA